GAGCAGCGUCCCACUUUCACAGCCAUGGCGGCCGGAUGGGAGCGAUGUAAAUGAGUAGUAAGGUGCCUGCCCCUCCCUCCCCCUCGCAGAGAGGAGCAGAGGGGGCGGCCUCGCCUCCUGUCACUCGCUCUCGCAGUCGUGAGAGGAGAGGACUCCUGCUGCCCUCCCAGCACUCCCACUUCACACUGAGAGCGAGCGGCGGCGAGGACAGAGGGAGGGGCCAGACCCAAAUCCUGACGGGAGAAAUCAGGAUUUUUCUCUUUUCUCCCGAGGAGCUGCGAGUAAACCUGGACAAUGGCAGAAGGAGCAGAAGGAGAAGAGGAGAUUCAGUUCCUGCGAACGGAUGACCUGGUUUGUCUCCAGUGCUCCGCCUCGGUCCAGAAGGAAACCAUUAAACUAUGUUUGUCCUGUGAAGGCUUCGGGGACCGUCUCUGCUUCCUGGAAACCACGUCCAACGCUCAGAGCGUUCCGCCAGAUCUAGCAAUAUGUUCCUUCAUCCUGGUGCAGUCGCUGUCGGUGCGAGCUCUGCAGGAGAUGCUGGCCAACACCGUGGAGAUGACGGAGGCAGUGGAUUUGGACAAAUGGUCGUCUCAAGGUGGAGGCCAUCGCACUUUACUGUACGGACACGCCAUCCUUCUGAGGCACCACCACUCAGGCAUGUACCUGAGCUGUUUGACCACAUCUCGGUCCCUCACCGACAAGCUGGCGUUUGAUGUGGGCCUGCAAGAAGACUCCACAGGUGAGGCCUGUUGGUGGACCAUCCAUCCCGCCUCCAAGCAGAGAUCAGAAGGUGAAAAGGUCAGGGUGGGAGACGACCUCAUCCUGGUCAGCGUGUCGUCUGAGAGAUACCUGCAUCUGUCCUACGCCAGCGGAGACCUGAUGGUGGACGCCUCCUUCAUGCAGACUUUGUGGAGCAUUAACCCCAUCAGUUCUGGAUGUGAACUGGCUGAAGGUUAUCUGACCGGAGGUCACGUCCUCCGUCUUUUUCACGGUCACAUGGACGAGUGUCUGGCUAUCCCGACUCCAGAGGAAGGGGAAGAAAAACGCAGGAUGGCCAACUAUGAGGGCGGUGCCGUGUGCAGUCAGGCUCGAUCUCUGUGGAGGCUGGAGCCGCUCCGGAUCAGCUGGAGCGGGAGCCACAUGAAGUGGGGACAGUCUUUCCGCAUUCGCCACAUCACCACAGGUCGGUACCUGUGUCUGGACGAGGAAAAAGGCCUGAUGGUGGUUGAUCCAGAGAAGGCCAACACCAAACUGUCAGCAUUCUGCUUCCGGGUUUCAAAGGAGAAGGUGGAAGUAGCUCAGAAGCGUGACGUGGAGGGGAUGGGCAUCCCGGAGAUAAAGUAUGGAGAGUCCAUGUGCUUUGUUCAGCACGUGUCGACGGGCCUGUGGCUUACGUACGCCGCUCUGGAUGCUAAAGCUGCUCGUUUAGGAAUGAUGAAGAGGCGGGUCAUUCUGCAUCAAGAGGGUCACAUGGACGACGCCCUCACCGUGUCCCGCUCCCAAACUGAAGAGUCUCAAGCUGCUCGAAUGAUCUACAGCACGACGGGCCUUUUUCGGCAGUUCAUCAAGGGGUUGGACUCUCUGAGCGGGAAGAACAAGUCCCCGGGAACCGUGUCUCUUCCUCUGGCGGGGGUCAUCCUCUCCCUGCAGGAUCUCAUCUUCUACUUUCGGCCCCCCGAGGAGGAGCUGGAGCACGAGGAGAAGCAGACCAAGCUGCGCUCGCUCCGCAACCGGCAGAACCUCUUCCAGGAGGAGGGGAUGAUCACCAUCGUUCUGGAGUGCAUCGACCGUCUCAACGUCUACAACACUGCUGCCCACUUCUCUGAGUUUGCAGGCGAGGAGGCGGCAGAGUCCUGGAAGGAGAUCGUCAACCUCCUCUACGAGCUGCUCGCGUCUCUGAUCCGAGGAAACCGCUCCAACUGCGCUCUGUUCUGUGAUAACCUGGACUGGCUGGUCAGCAAGCUGGACCGUCUGGAGGCCUCCUCAGGAAUUCUGGAGGUGCUGUACUGCGUCCUCAUCGAGAGUCCAGAGGUUCUGAACAUCAUCCAAGAGAACCACAUCAAGUCCAUCAUCUCUCUGUUGGACAAGCAUGGGCGGAACCACAAGGUUCUGGAUGUCUUGCGCUCUCUUUGUGUGUGUAACGGCGUCGCCGUGAGGUCCAACCAGAACCUCAUCACUGAAAACCUGCUGCCGGGUCGAGACCUCCUGCUGCAGACAAACAUAGUGAACUACGCCACCAGUGUGAGGCCCAACGUCUUUCUGGGAACAUGUGAGGGCUCCACCCAGUACAAGAAGUGGUACUACGAGAUGAUGGUGGACUACGUGGAGCCCUUCAUGACCGCGCAGGCGACACACCUGCGGGUGGGCUGGGCUAUGACCGAGGGCUACAGCCCCUACCCUGGAGGAGGUGAAGGCUGGGGAGGCAACGGCGUCGGGGACGACCUCUACUCCUAUGGCUUCGACGGGCUGCAUUUGUGGUCAGGAACCGUGGCGCGGCAGGUGGCUUCUCCCAACGCUCACACUCUGGCUGCAGACGAUGUGGUCAGCUGUUGUCUGGAUCUGAGCGUGCCCAGUAUCUCCUUCCGAAUCAAUGGCCAUCCAGUUCAGGGCAUGUUUGAAAACUUUAACGUGGACGGCCUCUUCUUUCCAGUCAUCAGCUUCUCGUCUGGAGUCAAAGCUCGCUUCCUGCUUGGAGGUCGCCAUGGAGAGUUCAAGUUCAUGCCCCCACCAGGCUACGCUCCGUGCUACGAGGCCGUGCUGCCGAGAGAGAGGAUGCGCAUCGAGCCCAUCAAAGAGUACAAGCAUGACUUUGAGGGAGUGCGCAACCUCCUGGGUCCCACCCUGUCCCUCACUCACACCUCCUUCACCCCCUGCCCCGUAGACACCGUUCAGAUUGUGCUGCCGCCUCAUUUGGAACGUAUUCGAGAAAAACUGGCGGAGAACAUUCAUGAACUGUGGGCCAUCACCCGGAUUGAGCAGGGAUGGACCUACGGCCAGUUAAGAGAUGACAACAAAAAACUGCAUCCUUGUUUGGUGGAUUUCCAAAGUUUGCCUGAACCAGAAAGAAACUACAACCUGCAGAUGUCUGGAGAAACUCUCAAGACUCUGCUGGCUUUGGGUUGCCAUGUUGGUAUGGGAGAUGAAAAGGCCGAGGAGAAUCUCAAGAAGAUCAAGCUGCCCAAAACAUACGUGAUGACCAACGGUUACAAGCCGGCCCCCCUCGACCUCAGCCACGUCAAACUGACACCAAACCAGAAUCAGCUGGUGGAAAAAUUGGCUGAAAAUGGGCAUAACGUUUGGGCGAGGGACCGAGUUCGACAAGGAUGGACCUACAGCAUCGUGCAGGACAUUGUGAAUAAGCGGAACCCUCGUCUUGUUCCCUACAACCUUCUGGACGAGAGAACCAAGAAGACCAACCGCGACAGCGUCAACAACGCGGUCCGCACCCUCAUCGGCUACGGCUACAACAUCGAGCCUCCAGAUCAGGAGGGCACUGGCCAUGGCCUCGAGAACAUCCGCGGGGACAAAGUACGAAUCUUCAGGGCAGAGAAGUCGUACGCGGUGACCCAAGGAAAGUGGUACUUUGAGUUUGAGGCGGUGACGACCGGAGAGAUGAGGGUGGGCUGGGCGCGCCCCAGCGUCCGGUCCGACACUGAGCUGGGAGCAGAUGAACUGGCCUACGUCUUCAACGGCAAUAAGGCUCAGAGGUGGCAUAUUGGAAACGAGCCGUUUGGACGCCAGUGGCUGUCCGGGGAUGUGGUCGGUUGCAUGAUUGAUCUGACGGAGAUGAACAUCAUGUUCACGCUCAACGGAGAGAUGCUGAUGAGUGACUCGGGCUCUGAGAUGGCCUUCAAAGAUAUUGAAGUUGGUGAAGGUUUCAUCCCAGUGUGUGCCCUGGGCCUGUCUCAGGUCGGAAGAAUCAAUCUGGGUCAGAACGUCAGCAGUCUCCGUUAUUUUGCCAUCUGUGGGCUGCAGGAGGGAUUUGAACCUUUUGCGAUCAACAUGAAGCGAGACAUCACCAUGUGGUUCAGUAAAAGCUUACCUCAGUUUGUUCCUGUCCCCACGGACCACAAUCAUAUCGAGGUGUCCCGUGUGGAUGGGACGGUGGAUAGCGCCCCCUGUCUGAAGCUGACUCAUAAAACCUUUGGCUCGCAGAACGCCAACACCGACAUGAUGUUCCUCAGACUCAGCAUGCCCGUCCAGUUCCACGAGACCUUCAAGAUCCCAGCCGGCACCACGCCGCUCACGCGCACGCUCACCAUCCCUGAGGAGGAGGUGGUGGUGGUGGAGCCCGACUCCGAGUUUGAAGUCCUGAAGAAAUCUGCCAGCCGUAAGGAGCAGGAGGAGGACAAGAAGGAGCCAUCUGUGCCCAAGGAGGUCUCCGUGGAGAACGAGAAGGACACGGCUUCAGAGAAGGGGAAGAAAAAAGGAUUUUUCUCCAAGGCCAAGAAAGCCGCCAUGACACCUCUUGCCCCCCCACCUGCCCCUCCAACGGUCCCUCGUUUGGUGGAAGAUGUGGUUCCUGAUGACAGAGAUGACCCUGAGAUCAUCAUGGACACCACCACCUAUUACUACUCUGUGAGGAUUUUUGCUGGGCAGGAGCCGUCUGCCGUGUGGGUCGGUUGGGUCACGCCCGACUUUCACCAGUACGAUCAAGGCUUUGACCUCUCCAAGGUGCGAAACGUGACGGUAACUGUGGGAGACGACAGAGGAAACAUCCACGACAGCAUGAAGCACAGCAACUGCUACAUGGUUUGGGGAGGAGACCUGGUCAGCAACCAGCAGACUCGUUUCAGCCAGGAGGACAUGGUGGUCGGCUGUCUGGUUGACCUGGCAACGGGCCUCAUGACCUUUACAGCCAACGGGAAAGAGAUCAACACUUUCUACCAGGUGGAGCCCAACACCAAGCUGUUCCCCGCAGUCUUCAUUCAGCCCACCAACCAGAACAUGGCUCAGCUGGAGCUGGGAAAACUCAAGAACAUCAUGCCCAUCUCGGCGGCCAUGUUCCGCAGCGAACGUAAGAACCCCGUCCCUCAGUGCCCCCCCAGGCUGGACGUCCAGAUGCUCACUCCGGUCAUCUGGAGCCGCAUGCCCAACCACUUCCUCAACCCGGAGGUGGGCAAGAUCAGUGAACGCCUGGGCUGGAUGGUGGAGUGUACAGAGCCGCUCAUCAUGAUGGCACUCCACAUCCCCGAGGAGAACAGAUGCAUCGACAUCCUGGAGCUGUCGGAGCGUCAGGAUCUCAUGAAGUUCCACUACCACACUCUGAUGCUCUACUGCGCCGUGUGCGCUCUGGGGAACAACCGCGUGGCCCACGCCCUGUGCAGCCACGUGGACGAGUCCCAGCUUUUCUACGCCAUCGAGAACACCUACCUACCCGGACCGCUCCGCAGCGGCUACUACGACCUGCUCAUCAGCAUUCAUCUGGAGUCGGCCAAGCGGGCGCGGCUGGGCACCAACAGGGAGUUCAUUGUGCCCAUGACUGAGGAGACCCUCAGUAUCAAGCUCUAUCCCGACACGAAGAAGUCCCACUCUCUUCCGGGCGUCGGCCUCACCACCUGCUUACGGCCAAAGCUGCAUUUCUCAUCCAUCAAUUUUGUUGGGACAGAUCCUGAUUUGUACACCUUGAGUCCAAUAUUUCCACUUCAGGAGCUGAAAACCAGAGCUAUCAGCAUGCUGACGGAGGCUGUGAUGGACGGAAGCCAGGCCAUGAGGGAUCCUGUAGGGGGCAGCGUUGAGUUCCACUUUGUCCCCAUCUUGAAGCUCAUCAGCACACUGUUGAUGAUUGGUAUUUUCAACGACGAAGACACCAUGCACAUCCUCAAGAUGAUUGAUCCCAACGUCUUCAGUGGAAAGGAGGAGGAGGAGGAAGGAGAGAAAGCUGAGGAGGAGGAAGCCGCCAAAGAGGGUGAGGCACAGGUGGAGGAGGAGGAGGAGGAGCUCGAGGAUGAGGGUGUCAGUGAGGAGGACGAAGAAGAGCUGAAAGACACAGAGAAGGAAGAGCAGGAAGGGAAAGAGGCGAAGGAGGAAGUGGAAGAAGGGGAGAAGGAGAAAGCGGAAGAGCCAAAGGAGGGAAAAGUGGAUGGUGAAAAAGCAGAGGAAGAGAAGGAGGCAGUGGAGGAGGAAGCAAAGGAGGAGGAGGAGGCUCCAGAGGAGGGACUGCUCCAGAUGAAGCUUCCGGAGUCCGUCAAGCUGCAGAUGUGCACGCUCCUGCAGUACUUCUGCGACUGCGAGCUCCGCCACCGCGUGGAAACCAUCGUGGCGUAUUCGGACAACUUUGUCCAGGGCGUUCAGAGCAACCAGCGCGUGCGCUACAACCUGCUGAUGAGGGCCUUCACCAUGUCUGCCGCCGAGACCGCCCGCAGGACUCGCGAGUUCCGCUCGCCGCCGCAUGACCAGGUUCUGUUGCUGACCAACUUCAAAAACUGUCCAGAGGAAGAGGACUGUCCUGUUCCCGAGGAGAUUCGGGACACUUUGACGGGUUUCCAUAACGACAUCCUGCUUCACUGCGGCAUACAUAUUGAAGAGGAGGUAGAGGAGGAGGAGGUGGACACCUCCCUGCGAGGAAGACUUCUCAGCCUGGUGGACAAAGUGAAGAACUUACGCAAGAAGAAGGAGGAGGAGGAGGAGAAGCCAGAAGUGGAAGAAGAACCAAAACUCAGCACUCUGCAGGAGCUCAUCUCCCACACCAUGAUCCACUGGGCCCAGGAGUCCUUCAUCCAGAACCCCGAGCUGGUCCGGCUGAUGUUCAGCCUGCUCCACAGACAGUACGACGGCCUGGGCGAGCUGAUCCGCGCCCUGCCCAAAGCCUACGCCAUCAACGCCGUGUCCGUCCAGGACACCAUGGACCUGCUGGAGUGUUUGGGUCAGAUCCGCUCGCUGCUCAUCGUGCAGAUGGGUCCAGAGGAGGAGCGGCUCAUGAUCCAGAGCAUCGGGAAUAUCAUGAACAACAAAGUGUUUUACCAGCACCCCAACUUGAUGAGAGCUCUGGGUAUGCAUGAAACCGUCAUGGAGGUGAUGGUCAACGUGUUAGGAGGAGGAGGAGACUCAAAGGUGAUCCGAUUCCCCCAAAUGGUGACCAACUGCUGCCGCUUCCUGUGUUACUUCUGCCGGAUCAGCCGACAGAACCAGCGCGCCAUGUUUGACCAUCUGAGCUACCUGCUGCAGAACAGCGGCAUCGGUUUGGGUAUGAGUGGCUCCACCCCUCUGGACGUGGCUGCAGCCUCCUGCAUCGAUAACAACGAGCUGGCGUUGGCUCUACAGGAGCAGGACCUGGAAAUGGUGGUGACGUACCUGGCUGGCUGCGGGCUGCAGAUGUGUCCAAUGCUCUUGUCUAAAGGAUAUCCUGACAUUGGCUGGAACCCCUGUGGAGGAGAGAGAUAUCUGGACUUCCUUCGCUUUGCUGUCUUUGUCAACGGAGAGAGCGUGGAGGAGAACGCCAACGUGGUGGUGCGGCUGCUCAUCCGUCGCCCCGAGUGCUUCGGCCCGGCCCUGAGAGGAGAGGGCGGCAAUGGCCUCCUGGCAGCUAUGGAGGAGGCCAUCAAGAUCUCCGAGGACCCAGCAAGAGACGGUCCAACGGUUAAAAAAGACAGACGGUUCAUGUUUGGUGGAGAGGAACAGCAUGAAGAGAACCGCGUGCACCUGGGAAACGCCAUCAUGUCCUUCUACUCGGCUCUCAUUGAUCUGCUCGGUCGCUGCGCUCCAGAGAUGCAUCUAAUCCAAGCAGGAAAAGGUGAAGCUCUCCGUAUCAGAGCCAUCCUGAGGUCCCUGGUGCCCAUAGAGGACCUGGUUGGAGUCAUCAGCCUGCCUGUGCAGAUUCCCGCCUACGGCAAAGAUGGUCAGAUCAUUGAGCCAAAGAUGUCUGCCAGCUUUGUGCCGGACCACAAGGCCUCCAUGGUGCUGUUCCUGGACAGAGUGUACGGCAUCGACAAUCAGGACUUCUUGCUCCACGUGCUGGAAGUCGGCUUCCUGCCCGACAUGAGAGCUGCUGCUUCUCUGGAUACCGUAGCAUUCAGCACCACUGAGAUGGCCUUGGCGCUCAACCGCUACCUCUGCUCAGCUGUGCUGCCUCUCCUCACCAAGUGCGCCCCCCUGUUUGCGGGAACGGACCACCGAGCCAUCAUGAUCGACUCCAUGCUUCACACUAUUUACCGCCUGUCCCGCGGCCGCGCCCUGACCAAGGCGCAGAGGGACGUCAUUGAAGAGUGCCUCAUGUCGCUCUGCAAGUACCUGAGACCCUCCAUGCUGCAGCACCUGCUCAGACGGCUGGUGUUUGAUGUUCCCAUUCUCAAUGAAUAUGCAAAGAUGCCCCUGAAGCUGCUAACUAAUCACUACGAGCGCUGUUGGAAGUACUACUGUCUGCCAAACGGAUGGGCCAACUUCGGUGUGACCUCCGAGGAGGAGCUGCAUCUUUCCCGGAAACUCUUCUGGGGAAUCUUUGAGUCGCUGGCGCACAAGAAAUUUGAUGCAGAACUUUUCAAAAUCGCCAUGCCCUGCCUGUGCGCCAUCGCCGGAGCCAUUCCUCCUGACUAUGUGGACGCCAGCUACUCCUCUCACACUGAGAAGAAAGCCUCGGUGGACGCCGAGGGCAACUUUGAUCCCAAACCAGUGGAGACCACCAACACCAUCAUCCCAGAGAGGCUGGACGCUUUCAUCAACAAAUACGCAGAACACACUCAUGAUAGAUGGGCUUUUGAAAAGAUCCAGAACAACUGGACCUACGGAGAGGUGUUAGACGAGAACGCCAAGACUCACCCCAUGCUUCGGCCGUACAAGACCUUCUCUGAGAAGGACAAGGAGAUCUAUCGCUGGCCCAUUAAAGAGUCCAUCAAAGCCAUGCUGGCCUGGGAGUGGACCCUGGAGAAAGCUAGAGAAGGGGAAGGAGAGGUGGAGAAGAAGGCCACCUCACAGAAGAUGUCCCAAACCGCUCAGGCGACCUAUGACCCCAGUCAUGGCUACAACCCUCAGCCAAUAGACAUCACGGGGAUGGCCCUGUCCAGAGAGCUGCAGUCUAUGGCAGAGCAGCUGGCAGAGAACUAUCACAACACCUGGGGCCGGAAGAAGAAGCUGGAGCUGCAGGCCAAAGGGGGGGGCACUCAUCCCCUGCUGGUGCCAUAUGACACCCUGACGGCUAAGGAGAAGGCCAGAGACAGGGAGAAGGCCCAGGACCUGCUGAAGUUCCUGCAGCUCAACGGAUACGCCGUGACCAGGGGUCUGAAGGACAUGGAGCAGGACAUCUCCUCCAUCGAGAAGCGGUUCGCCUACGGAUUCCUCCAGAAGCUUCUCAAGUGGAUGGACAUCGCUCAGGAGUUUAUCGCUCAUCUCGAGGCUGUGGUCAGCAGCGGUCGCGUGGAGAAGUCCCCACACGAACAGGAAAUCAAAUUCUUUGCCAAGAUCCUCCUGCCGCUGGUGAACCAGUACUUCAAGAACCACUGCUUGUACUUCCUGUCCACCCCCGCCAAAGUCCUGGGAAGUGGAGGCCACUCCUCCAAUAAGGAGAAGGAGAUGAUUGCCAGUAUCUUCUGUAAGUUGGCUGCCUUGGUGAGGCACAGGGUUUCUCUUUUUGGGACGGAUGCAGGCGCCGUGGUCAACUGUCUGCACAUCCUGUCACGCUCGCUGGACGCCAGGACUGUGAUGAAGUCGGGACCUGAGAUCGUGAAGGCUGGCCUGCGACAGUUCUUUGAGAGCGCAGCAGACGACAUCGAGAAGAUGGUGGAGAACCUGAAACUGGGCAAAGUUUCCAGCCGAAACCAGGUCAAAGGCGUGUCCCAGAACAUCAACUACACCACCACCGCUCUGCUGCCCGUCCUCACCUCGCUGUUCGACCACAUCGCGCAGCAUCAGUUUGGAGAUGACGUCAUGCUGGAUGACUUGCAAAUAUCCUGCUAUCGGCUGAUGUGCAGCAUCUACUCUCUGGGAACGGUGAAGACUCCUCAUGUGGAGAAACAGCGUCCAGCUCUGGGAGAGUGUCUGGCCCACCUGGCCGCCGCCAUGCCGGUCGCCUUCCUGGAACCGACGCUGAACGAGUUCAACACAUUUUCUGUUUACACCACCAAGACUCCCCGAGAGAGAUCCAUUUUGGGUCUUCCCAACCAAGUGGAGGAGCUUUGCCCCGACAUCCCCGAGCUGGAGAUCCUCAUCAAAGAGAUCCACGACCUUUCAGAGUCUGGAGCUCGGUACACGGAAAUGCCACAUGUGAUCGAGAUCACGCUCCCCAUGAUGUGCAACUACCUGCCGCGCUGGUGGGAGAGGGGCCCGGAGAACUUCCCCGAGCAGGAGGGCCAGCUCUGCACCGCUGUCACCUCCGAGCAUCUCAACCAGCUGCUGGGCAGCAUCAUGAAGAUCGUGGUCAACAACCUGGGCAUCGACGAAGCUUCCUGGAUGAAGAGAUUAGCCGUUUUUGCUCAGCCAAUUGUGAGCAGAGCGAAACCAGAGAUGCUUAAAUCCCACUUCAUCCCCACCAUGGAGAAGCUGAAGAAGCGCUCCUCAAAGGUAGUGGCUGAGGAGGAACACCUGCGCAUGGAGGGCAAAACGGAGGUGGACAGUGAGAACGGGACCAUUCGGGACGAGUUUGCCGUGCUUUGCCGGGAUCUGUACGCGCUCUACCCUUUGCUCAUCCGCUACGUGGACAACAGCAGGGCAAGGUGGUUGACCUGUCCAGAUCCUGAUGCUGAGGAACUUUUCAGGAUGGUUGGAGAGGUUUUCAUCUUCUGGUCCAAAUCACAUAACUUCAAAAGGGAGGAGCAGAACUUUGUGGUGAUGAAUGAGAUCAACAACAUGUCCUUCCUCACUGCUGACAGCAAAAGCAAGAUGAGCAAGUCCGGAGGCUCGGAGCAGGAACGCUCCAAGAAGAAGAAGAGGGGGGACCGCUACUCCGUGCAGACCUCCCUGAUUGUGGCGGCCCUGAAGAAGAUGCUUCCCAUCGGCCUCAAUAUGUGCUCUCCUGCGGACCAGGAGCUCAUCAAUCUGGCCAAGAUCAGAUACUCACUGAAAGACACAGACGAGGAAGUGAGGGAGUUCCUGCACAACAAUCUGCAUCUUCAGGGGAAGGUUGAGGACCCGGCUAUGCGCUGGCAGAUGUCUCUGUACAAGGAGCGGUCUGGAAACACCGAGGAUGCAGAGGACCCAGAGAAGGUGGUGAAGAGGGUGCAAGAGGUGUCAGCCGUCCUCUAUCACAUCGAGGUGACCGAGCAUCCCUACAAGUCCAAAAAGAUGGUUUGGCACAAGCUGCUGUCCAAGCAGCGCCGCAGGGCAGUGGUGGCCUGCUUCAGGAUGACGCCUCUCUACAACAUCCCCACGCAUCGAGCCAUCAACAUGUUCUUGGACGCCUACAAACGCAACUGGUUGGAGAACGAGGGUUACUCGUUUGAGGACAAGAUGAUCGACGACCUGUCAAAAGCCAUGGAGGAAGAGGAGGAAGAGGAAGAGGAGACGGAGAGGAAGCCGGACCCCCUCCACCAGCUGAUUCUUCAUUUCAGCCGCACCGCCCUCACGGAAAAGACUAAACUGGACGUGGAUCAUCUGUACAUGUCCUACGCUGACAUUAUGGCAAAGAGCUGCCAUAUUGGUGAGGAGGACGAAGGGGGAGAUCAGGAGGGGGAGGAGCCAUCCUUUGAGGUGCGACAGACAGAGAUGGAAAAGGAGAUGGAGAAACAGAGGCUUCUGUACCAGCAGUCCCGUCUGCACAACCGCGGGGCUGCAGAGAUGGUGCUGCAGAUGAUCAGCGCCUGCAAAGGUGAACCUGGAGUCAUGGUUUCUUCUACUCUCAAACUGGGAAUCUCCAUCCUCAACGGAGGCAACAGCGAUGUGCAGCAGAAAAUGCUGGAUUAUCUGAAGGAUAAGAAGGAUGUGGGCUUCUUCCUGAGCGUUCAGGCUCUGAUGCAGACCUGCAGCGUUUUGGACUUGAACGCCUUUGAGAGGCAGAACAAGGCAGAAGGUCUGGGGAUGGUUUCAGAGGAGGGCACCAAUACAGAACGCGACGAGAAGGUGAUGGCAGAUGACGAGUUCACCUGCGACCUGUUCCGCUUCCUGCAGCUGCUUUGUGAAGGACACAACAACGACUUCCAGAACUACCUGAGGACGCAGACGGGCAGCACCACCACCAUCAACGUCAUCAUCUGCACUGUGGACUACCUGCUGCGACUGCAGGAAUCCAUCAGUGACUUUUACUGGUAUUACUCUGGAAAAGACAUCAUUGACGAGCCCGGGAAGAGGAAUUUCUCCAAAGCAAUGACGGUGGCCAAACAAGUCUUCAACAGCCUGACGGAGUACAUCCAGGGGCCGUGCACUGGGAACCAGCAGUCUCUGGCUCACAGCAGACUGUGGGACGCCGUCGUGGGUUUCCUGCACGUCUUCGCUCACAUGAUGAUGAAACUGGCUCAGAUGCUCCCUGAUCCCGGACAACGAAACGGCGAUCCUUUUUGGAGUAGAACUUACUCGGAGGAUUCCAGUCAAAUUGGACUUUUGAAGGAACUGCUGGAUUUGCAGAAGGACAUGGUGGUCAUGCUUCUGUCCCUACUGGAAGGUAACGUUGUGAACGGCACCAUUGCCAGGCAGAUGGUUGACAUGUUGGUGGAGUCCUCCAGCAAUGUGGAGAUGAUCCUGAAGUUCUUUGACAUGUUCCUCAAGCUUAAGGACAUAGUGGCGUCUGACGCCUUCCGUGACUAUGUAACUGACCCGCGUGGGCUCAUCUCCAAGAAAGACUUCUCCAAAGCCAUGGACAGCCAGAAGCAGUACUCUCCAUCUGAAAUCCAGUUCCUCCUCUCUUGCUCAGAGGCAGAUGAGAACGAGAUGAUUAACUUUGAGGAGUUUGCAGAUCGCUUCCAGGAGCCGGCCAAAGACAUUGGCUUCAACAUCGCCGUUCUCCUCACCAAUUUAUCGGAGCACGUUCCUCACGACACUCGCCUUCAGAACUUCCUGGAACAGGCCGAAAGCGUGCUCAACUACUUCCGUCCCUUCCUGGGCCGCAUCGAGAUCAUCGGAGCCAGAAGGAGUAUCGAGCGCAUUUACUUUGAGAUCAGCGAGGCCAACCGCAACCAGUGGGAGAUGCCGCAGGUCAGAGAGUCCAAGCGGCAGUUCAUCUUCGACGUGGUCAACGAGGGCGGCGAGAGCGAAAAGAUGGAGAUGUUUGUGAACUUCUGCGAGGACACCAUUUUUGAGAUGAACAUCGCGGCGUCCAUCUCUGAGCCAGAGGGGGAACCUGAGGAGGAAGAUGAUGAGGAAGAGGAGGAAGAGGCGGGAGCAGUGGAGGAGUCUGGAGAAGGAGAAGAAGGAAACGGAGAGACCCACGUUCCCGAGUCCACCUCUGCUUUUGCAGACUUCAUUAAGAGUGUGAUGAACUUCUUUCACAUGUUCACCUUCCGUAACCUGCGGCGCCGGUACCGCAAGCUGAGAAAAAUGACCAUAAAGGAGAUGGUGAUCGGCCUGGUGACCUUCAUCUACACGGUUCUGAUGGGCAUCUUGAUCUUUGUCUAUAACAUAUGUAAGGGCUUCUUCACGCUCAUAUGGAAAGCACUGUUUGGUGGAGGCCUGGUGGAGGGGGCCAAGAAGAUGACGGUCACAGAGAUCCUAGCCAGCAUGCCAGACCCGACCCAAGACGAAGUCCACGAUGAGCUGCCACCGGAACCAGGAGCUCGAGAGGUUCAAGACGCAGAUGGAGGGGCAGAACUUCUGGAUGCUGUGGUGGGAGAGGAGGAGGAAGAGGAUGGAGAGGAGGGCGAAGGUGGACGUCUGCCGGGUUUCAACACUCCUGGAGGACUUGGAGACUUUGGAGAAACGACAACUGAAGAGCCACCGACUCCAGAGGGGUCCCCACUGCUGAAGAGGAAGCUGCUGGCUGCUGCCACUGGAGGACAAGGAGAGGAAGAAAAAGUUGAGCCUGAAGAAGUUCCUCAGGAGACGGAGAAGGCUGACAUUGAGAAUGGAGAGAAGGCGGAGAAAGCAGAACCUGAACCAGAGGUGAAGGAGGAGGAGCCAGCGAAAGAGGAGGAGGAGAAAGAAGUAAAGACGAAGGCAAAGAAGGAGAAGAAACCUGCAGAGGGGGGCUUUGAGCUGUGGAACGAGCUGGAGGUUCAGAGGAUUAAGUUCAUGAAUUAUCUUUCUCGCAAUUUCUACAACCUGCGUUUCCUGGCUCUGUUCAUCGCCUUCGCCCUGAACUUCAUCCUGCUCUUCUACAAGGUGUCUGACAGUCCUCCAGGAGAGGAGGAGUUCGAAGGAUCUGGUCUGUUUGAGGGCUCUGGCUUGUUUGAAGGCUCUGGCGCAGAGGAGGACGGCUCUGGCCUGGAGGAAGGCGGCGAGGACGAGGACGAAGAGGGCCCUCUGUACUACUUCUUAGAGGAGAGCACCGGCUACAUGGAGCCGGCCUUGGCCUUCCUCUCUAUCGUCCACACAAUCAUCUCCUUCCUCUGCAUCAUCGGCUACAACUGUCUGAAGGUUCCUCUGGUCAUCUUCAAGCGAGAGAAGGAGCUGGCCCGGAAGCUGGAGUUUGAUGGUCUGUACGUCACAGAGCAGCCGGAGGACGACGACAUCAAGGGCCAGUGGGACCGACUGGUGCUCAACACUCCGAGCUUCCCCAACAACUACUGGGACAAGUUUGUCAAGAGAAAGGUUCUGGACAAAUACGGAGACAUUUACGGCAGAGAGAGGAUUGCAGAACUGCUCGGCAUGGACCUGGCGUCUCUGGAUGUCAGCGCCAUGACCCACGGGAAGAAACCUGAACCCGACACCUCGAUGUUCAGCUGGAUCACUUCCAUUGACAUCAAGUACCAGAUCUGGAAGUUUGGUGUCGUCUUCACCGACAACACUUUCCUCUACCUGGUCUGGUACAUGCUGAUGUCCAUGCUGGGACACUACAACAACUUCUUCUACGCCUGCCACCUUCUGGACAUCGCCAUGGGGGUCAAAACGCUCCGCACCAUCCUGUCCUCGGUCACCCACAACGGCAAACAGCUGGUGAUGACGGUGGGCCUGCUGGCCGUGGUGGUGUACCUCUACACCGUGGUGGCCUUCAACUUCUUCCGGAAGUUCUACAACAAGAGCGAGGACGAGGACGAGCCGGACAUGAAGUGCGACGACAUGAUGACGUGCUACCUCUUCCACAUGUACGUCGGCGUCCGCGCCGGUGGCGGCAUCGGAGACGAGAUCGAGGACCCGGCCGGAGACGAGUACGAGCUGUACCGCGUGGUCUUUGACAUCACCUUCUUCUUCUUCGUCAUCGUCAUCCUGCUGGCCAUCAUCCAGGGUUUGAUCAUCGACGCCUUCGGAGAGCUGAGAGACCAGCAGGAGCAGGUCCGGGAGGACAUGGAGACAAAGUGCUUCAUCUGUGGGAUAGGAAGCGACUACUUUGACACAACGCCGCAUGGCUUUGAGACGCACACCCUGGAGGAGCACAACUUAGCCAACUACAUGUUCUUCCUGAUGUAUCUCAUCAACAAAGAUGAAACCGAACACACCGGCCAGGAGUCGUACGUGUGGAAGAUGUACCAGGAGCGCUGCUGGGACUUCUUCCCCGCCGGAGACUGCUUCCGGAAGCAGUAUGAGGACCAGCUGGGAUAAGCGUCCUCCAUCCGGGUCUGACGCAGAGAGGAGAAGCCAAGGGAGCAGAACUGUCAUCACGUCUUCGUCUCGUCCUUCAUCUGCACUUUUCUCUGGUCUUCAAAGCUAUGCACAUGUGAGUCCCCUCGCAGCCGGACGCCGUCGAUUCGUCUCCGCUGUGACCUCCUGGCCUUGUUCUGUCUACUCGGACCGCCUUCCCCCCCAGCCUCGACGGCGGGGGCUUUCUGUCGCUGCUGCUGUCCACGUUCUGGUGCCUAUAGCGAUGUCACUGCUUCAGCUGCUGUGAAGCUGCAGCUCCGUCCUCUCUGAUGAAGACUCCCGCCUUUUCCUGCUCCUUUUCUCUGGACGUCUGUCCUUCAGACGGUGAAGGAAAGCUCUGAAGUCUUACGGAGACUUCCUGGUUGUGUGUUGCACACAAACACACAUGAGGAGGUUUUUCUGGUGGCCGUGCAGACGACCGUCUGCGUGAUGUUCUUUUUAGAGGAAUCCAUGAAGCAUCUUCUCCAAAGUGUCGUCCGUGAUGAACGUCUGCCUGGAUGGAGGCCUGUUUUACAUCCAAUAGAUGCACAUAUUUAUUUUUCUUCCUGUUUUGAUGAGUCUUACGCCCAGUUUGGAAACGCCCACCGUGGUUUGGAGUUCUUUUCCUUUAGAUGUUUUAGGAUUUAUCUUAUUUUUAUUUGGGAAGCCGCUUCGAUCUCGACGCUGUUGUUUGAGCGGCGUGGUUCCUCGUUAAGCAGAAGUGUGGAUCCUCGCUGGGGUUUCCACUCAACAGGUGGAUGAAGUGGACAAGGUCUCUGCUGUCCUCAUUACAGCCUGUUUCAAUACAGAAUAAACAGAUUAUUUUAAGGAAAA